UAAAAAUUGAGUGUCGUAUGGUUGCUUCGUUCAGUUCCUUGACUUUAGUAAUAUCACUUUAUCCGUUUAACACUAAAGAGGAGUGGAAAAGCUUAGAGAGAUAAAAUAGAGAGAGGAGCGAGAGAGGGAUGGCAAUGGACUCUGAUUAUGGAGCUUUCAUGGAGAAAUUGAUUCUCCAACCAAGCUCUUCAUCUCAGGAGCUUCCAUUGAAUGGCCUCACCUUUGCCGUUAAAGAUAUAUUUGAUGUGGAUGGAUAUGUGACUGGGUUCGGAAAUCCGGAUUGGGCACGGACUCAUGAGGCUGCUACGACAACAGCUCCGGCAGUGUUGGCCGUCUUAAGUGGAGGUGCCACAUGUGUGGGAAAAACUGUAAUGGAUGAAAUGGCAAAGAGUAUAAAUGGAGAAAACAAACAUUACGGGACACCAAUCAAUCCAUGUGCACCAGAUCGUAUCCCUGGAGGAUCUUCUAGUGGAUCUGCAGUUGCAGUCGGUGCAAUGCUUGCAGAUUUCUCCCUGGGUACUGACACUGGAGGAAGUGUAAGAGUUCCUGCAGCAUUCUGUGGGAUUUUGGGGUUUCGCCCUUCUCAUGGUGCUGUUUCAACUACUGGAGUUAUUCCUAUGGCACAGAGUUUUGACACAGUAGGGUGGUUUGCUAGGGAUCCUGUGAUCCUGAAUCGAGUUGGACGGGUACUAUUACAAUUUCCUGUCCUGGAUCCUGUGAAACCUAGUCAUAUUAUUAUUCCGGAAGAUUGUUUCAAGCUUCUAAGCAUUCCAAUUGACCGUGUGACUAAGGUUCUUGUGCAAUCAGUUGAGAAGUUAUAUGGGGGUCAUAUGGUAAAAUAUGCAAAUCUUGGGAAUUAUGUUAAGGACAAAGUUCCAAGUUUGAAGCAUUUUGAAGGAACUGAAACUCAAGAUUAUAAUAUACCAUCCCUGGUAGCUCUUUCAAAUGCCACGAGGUUGCUUCAAAGGAAUGAAUUCAAAAAUAAUCAUGGUGAAUGGGUCAGUACGGUAAAACCUGAUUUAGGUCCAGGAAUAGCCGACAGGGUAUGGGAAGCCGUUAGGACAACAGACGCGCAUAUUGAUGUCUGCUACACUGUGAAGACUGAAUUGCGUGCUGCUCUCGCUGAUCUCCUAGGGGAUUUUGGCAUCCUCGCAAUACCUACAGUUGCUAGUCCCCCGCCAAAACUACAAACAGAGGCAACUACCCUGGAAACAUAUCGUACCCGGGCUUUUAGCUUGUUGUCCAUUGCUGGAGUAUCUGGAUUUUGCCAGGUGAGCAUACCAUUAGGGAUGUAUGAUAAUCUUCCUGUGGCCGUUUCCUUGUUGGCAAAACACGGUUCGGAUGGGUUCCUACUGAAUGUUGUUGAGACACUAUAUGGCACUCUCAAAGAACAGGUCGAAAUUGCUGAGAAUUGAAUUACUAAAUUUGGCAUCGUCAUUAUGUAUAUUUGAACUGGAAUCAGGAAGCAGAGUUUGUGUUAAACAAGACCAAUUGCUCUGUUUUUUUUCCCCGGCAAUUUGCUACUAUUAUAUUGUGAUUCCAUCAGUGGAGUUUAUAUAUAUAUAUAUAUAAAAGUAAAUCUAUACAUACACAGAUGUCCCCACUGGAGCAUGAAUCCUAAACAUCCCCUUUGGAUAGGAAAUGGCUAUCAACGGUGAGUCACUGUACUAUAAAGUAUGCAUGACAUGGGGUGAAAAAGAAUUGAUUUUUUCAUCCUGCGUCCUGGAAAAUGUAGUCCCCAAGUGUUCUGUAAAGCAAAGGAAGAAAAAGUCAUAUUUUCCAUGGAAACAAACAAGCACAGUGGUCAUGUAACAUGACAAGUUAUUAUAAAGGAUUGUGGUCAACUAAACUUGUUGGUGUCAAUGACUGUGGGCUAAGAAAUAAGUUGAAUAAAAAGACUUUUUCUUUAAACAA